AUGGACCAAGGCAAUAUCGGCGACGAGGCCCUCUCGCGCCCUGGCCCCUUCUACGACCACCAUAACCACCACGCCCAAUUCCACCAUCUCCACCACCCCCAUAGCCACUACCACGACGACGACACCGACAACCACUACGCCGUCGCCCCGCCCUCGGCAUUCGACGCGCACUCCCGCCCGAGCCAGAUCCCCAUCGCCUCGUAUGCCACCGCCAAUCUGCAGGCCUUCGCCGCCAAUUCACUCUCGCCGCUGCCCGACGACGAUGCCCUCGCCGACUCCCUAGAUCCCGACGACUUCUACCGCAGCUACCGAGGCGUGCAGUCGGCGAAUGCCAGCCCGCCCCUGAAGGACCUCAUGGCCCCCGGCCCAGCAACCGUCCGAAAGCCGCCCUCGUUGCGGUCAAACGGCAAUGGAACCACCCCGAAGCACCCUCCAGUCCCCUCGGCCACCCGCAUCGGCAUCCGCCCCGGCUUUCGCUCUGCCUCCAACCCCGUCGACGACCGCCCCGCAAGCACUACGCCAAGGCCGUCGCCCGCCCCUGCUAAUGGCUAUGGCCCCGCCCCUGGCGUCAUACCACCGAGUGUCAAGGACCUCAAGAAGAAGUUCGAUCUGCCGGCGUCGCAGUCUACCUCGCUAGGUCGAAAGGCCGUCCCAAGAACAUCAUCCCGAGACGCGACUCCCGCCGCCGCCAACGCGCGGUCGUCGGUUCCUGGAAGCGCGACAUCGCCCACGUCGUAUGCCUCGCUGAGGUCGAACACAACGCAAAGCGCGGGCAACGACACGGCCAGGGGAUCCGGCUCGCGUGGAACACAACGAUCUAGGUUUACCGCCGAAGAUCAGCUCUCGGCGAAUACGCAAUCUUUUGCUAGCAGGAUCACCAAGCCCCGCACUGCGAAUCCUACCGAUGCCCAGCCUUUGAAAUCAACAAGCCAGGUUCCCCAAGGCAUGUACUCGGAAAUGCUGACUUCGUCGCUCGCGCAGUCGCGCUCCAACGGCCUCCUCUUUGGCGAGAUACUUCCAGACGAGAGCGACUCGGUCACCGCUGGGUUUGGCAUCGACGUUGUACGGCCUCGACGGACCUCGGAAUCCAGCCUGCACACCUCUGCGAGGCCUCACCAGAGGAGCUUUUCGGAUCCCGACGUGGAACCUCCAUCCCCGACCGACUGGUACCGUAGUGCAGCUUCCGGGCAGCAGGACUCGGGUCAACAGGAGUCCAGGACGACGGUCAAGAACCACUCGCGCGCCCGCAGCGACUUGGUAGGGUCGUCAAAGCCAGAUCUCGGCCGUUCUGAGCGUGGCACGACGAGACAUAUCAUCAAUAUUUUACCGCUUUCGCCCAACUCGCCGAAAUCACCGGCCUCCCUAACCUCUCCAACCUCGCCAAUCUCGCCAUCUUCGCGUCUUCCGAUACUAGUCAAAAAGCUGAGCGAUCCUUCGGGCCGCGGAAGUCCUGGGUCGACGCGUUCAAACUCGCCAGCUACCUUGAGGUACACGGGCGCAAGUGGAAGAACCUCUAGGCAGCGCGGUACGACGACCGCACGGGCGAAGACGCCCACCAACCGUUCUCAUACCCCUACAUCCCAAGCGAAGACGCUCUCUCAAGCUCCUGGGUCGAGCCGAAAACCUCCCCCAUCAAACAUAUCAACCCCAAGCAGCAGUCGGCUCAAUGCAUUUGUGUCUAUCCCUGUCCCGAAGCUGUCGCCCACCCUACGAAGCUCCAGGCCUCGGCAGUCGGUCGCCACGGCCACUACCACAGCCUCCAGAAUGAAAACUGUAGAGGGCGCGCCGUCAUCUAAUAAAGCAGCCCACCGCGGCGCGCCGUCGAGGCCCGAUGAUGCCGCCCCGCGGAGGCGCAAAGUUUCGGUAGGCCCGAUCGACUUUGCGCAGCGACGAGAGACGAUAAAGCUGGCAUACAGCAAGUCGGUAAAAGAAAACCAGGCCAAGGAGGCGAGGAGGACGGCUGCAGAGAAGAGAAAGAAGGAGCUGGAAGCCGUGGCCCGGGCAAAGGUGGAGGCAGAGGCUGCUGCGCUGGCUGCAACGGAAGCGGCUGCUGCGACAACGCCUACACUAUCUCCAGCAGUCGACAGCGACAGGUUAUCGCAAACGUUGGCUCAGAAAGAACGAGAGCGGGCGUCGGUUGAGGUGCCGCUGAAGAUUAUGACAGACUUGUCUCAACUCCAGCACGCAGCUAAAGAGACCGGGCGCCAUUUUGAGUCGCUCGAGCUAGGGAUGCCUGGGAGCUUCCCGACCACCGGACCUCCGCAGGUAGAAGACGAGGAGGGCGUGCCACAGUCUGCCAUUUCCAACGCUACGGCCACUACCGAGUUUGAUAUAGACGAACAAGCCGAGUCACCGACGGAACCAAACACGGCCGCGAUAGAUCGUGACUUGGGAGGUUUGAUAAUUGGGCACAUGCAAGGUAGGACCGAUGUAGAGCCUCUGCCUCUUAGGCGGCCACGUCCUCCGGUCCCGCACAAGAAGGCGUCGUAUCACUAUCCAUUUGCGGACGAGGACGCCGAGGACCAGAUUAUCGACGAGGAGAUUGUCGACGGCGAGGACAUCGACGACGGGAAUGUGUCAAUCAAAAUUUCUCUCGACACGUCGUCGGUCAAGCCGUCACCGCAGCAAUCGCCGCAGCUCACGCCGACCCGCAGCGAUUUCGAUCCAGAACCCGCCCCGCCAAAUCUGUCGCAAGACGAGUAUGAGCCGCAACCCUACUCAUUUUCAUCUCCAAACUACGAAACAAUGGUCACCAUUUUGGGCCCUGGGAUUGAUUUCACGCCGUCGUACAGGAAUGGCUCUCGUAGCACCAUGUCGGCUGCCGACCUGCAUCAGGCAAAUAAGUCGCUAGCCGCCGAGACCAUGGAGAUUGUUGCCUCUGGCGAUGCGCCCGUGGGAAAGGCGCAAUCCGACGAGCCUCGAGCCGAAGUCGAGGGGCUCGACCGCCUGGAGGAUUUCUAUAUCCCCGUGCGCCUACACGAGAACAUCGCUUCCCUGCGCGACCGCGACCGCGACUCCACCUUCACCUCGUCCGACCCUGACGUCUCUUAUGACGCUCAGCCAUCGUCAGCUGAUUACCAGAAGACGCUCGACACGUCACAUAGCCUGACCGUGCCCGGACUGCUCUCGCAUGGCAACCGACUGAGCCAGCAGUCUGCCUGGACCGACUUUUCCUUCGGGAGCGACGAUCCUGAUCUCGGCGCGGCAAGUUCCGGCAAUCUGGCGCACGAUCCCACACCCCAGCGCGAAGCGAGGAACUCGACCAAACUCAGUGCAUCGCCCGUCAAUCUGAGCGCUCACGAUCUGCGCCUGGACCUAGGCGGCCUCUCCCAAAGCCCAGAGCUGUCACCGCUGGACAACCCCAGCGUGCCGUCCCCGCCUAUGCUGGCGGGUGAGCCAGCUGCGCAAAUCCACCUCCCAGAGCUCGACACUGGCGACGGCUUUUCGGUUCCCUAUUCGCCCUUGUCCAAGAGGAUACCGGCGCUGCCAGACCAUGCGCCUCCCCGUCCGCCCGGCGACGAGUACCAGCUCGACGGCAGCGCGUACGUUGUCGGAACUCGGCCGAACAGCUAUCUACACAGUCACGACGAGAGGGAGGACUUGACCCAGCCUAUCCCCACACCCCGGUCGAUUGGCCAGCUGUCUAUCGAGUCCCCAGACUCGUCCAGUGCUGUCCAGAGCGACUCCAAGACCCCGCCCGCCGAGGCUCAAGGCCCCUGGGCUGAAGAGCAGAAGCGUCUUCGGCAACGCCUACUAGUCAUUCGCGAGCUCAUCGACACCGAAGACCUGUUCGUCAGAGACAUGAGCGUCGUCGAGGAGCUCUACAAGGGGACGGCCGAGGCGUGUCCGAAGCUCGAUAGCAAGGCUAUCAAGCUGAUCUUUAGGAACACGGACGAGGUCAUCGGCUUCCACGGGACGUUCCUGGCCCAGCUCAAAGAGGGGGCGUCGAGCGUUUAUACGCCCAAAGGGAGGAGGUCGCCGCUCUUCUCACAAGACUCGUCCAAGGAUUCCGACUCAGUAACGUUGGUCUCGACUAAUUCCGGCGGCACGUCAAACAAGCCGGAACUCGACAACGAAAAGGACCGCCUUACAUCGAUCGGCCCGCUGUUCUUGAAGAACAUUGACCAGCUCAAGGUUGUCCAUGAGGUGUACCUGCGCUCCAGCGAUGCCUCUACCAAGCGCCUUAUCCAGAUCCAGGACGACAGCACCGUCAUGAUAUGGCUCAAUGAGUGCAAUGAAAUGGCAAAGGAGUUGACGUCUGCCUGGAACCUGGAUUCGCUCCUGAUUAAGCCCAUGCAGCGCAUUACUAAGUAUCCAGACAUCAUCGCUCAUCUUCUCAAGUACACUCCGGAAGAUCACCCCGAUCGAGAGGCACUCGCAAGUGCCAAGACGGCCGUGAUCAACGCCAUCGAUGAGAUCAACAAGACGAAGAAGAAUUUCGAGCUCGUCGGACAGAUCGUUGGCAACCGGAAGCGCAAGGAGUCCGAUGUCAGGGCCGGGCUGGCCAGAGCGUUUGGCAAGCGCGUUGACAAACUCCAGGCAUCCAAUAGCAACAACAGGCCACCCGAGGAUGAGGAAUAUCUCAAGCUUCAUGAGAAGUUUGGGGAUGACUAUCUGCGCCUCCAAGUCGUGCUGAGAGACGUUGAGUUCUACACGAGAAACGUGGCGACGUAUGUCCAGGACUUUCUGAAGUACCUCUCGUCGAUGGAGCUUGUUAUGCGCUUGCAGCCAUCCCGAGAACACGCGCACAUCGAAAGCAAAUGGGUUCAGUUCAACGUCUCCAUGAGGGACAUUGAAAAGAUCGCCCUAGAGAAGCAUCUCUCGGAUGUUCGGAAGCACGUUAUUGAGCCCUUCGAGCAAGUGAUAAAGUGUUACGGCAACCCCACCCUAGCGAUGAAGAAGAGAGCAAAGCGGCGUCUCGAUUACGAAAAGUCCGUACAGCUCAAGGCGAACGGCAAGAAGGUGGACAAGCAGCUCGGCGAGCUGGUGGAGCAGUACGAAGCUCUCAACGUCACGCUGAAGAAGGAGCUGCCUAAGCUGUCCGAACUCACUGCCAAAAUCGGCAAUAUCUGCCUCGGGAAGUUCGUCAGCAUCCAGGCCACUUGGUUUUCCAUAUGGAAGGAGAAGGUCAAAACGCCCCUCCAGGAUGUCGCCCAUGUUCCCGAACUUCCGGAGAUUGUCUCGUCGUUCCAGAGAGAGUUUGGGCUGCAAGAGGAGAGAGCCAAGGCCAUUGGAAUACUGAACCCUGCGCUCAAGGGCAGAAGCUCGCAAUCCACGACAGACGACUCGUCGUCCAUCAUAUCAAGGACCAAAUCGCGGCCAAGCGAUCUCGUCCCUCCUCGUGGGCGAGGUAUGUCGGUCAACAGCGACUAUGUGCCAAGCUUACCGACUCCGGAUUUUGCGAAGCGCAAUAGUGGUCAAUUCAACCUGUCGCCCACAAGCAGCACGAUCCCUAGCCCGGGAUUGUAUUACCGGGAUUACUAUGCCGGCAUCAACGGAGGUCAAACGCAGAAAGCUUCUGGCUCACCUGUCGCGCCGGACCCCUCGUCUACAGCCCGUGCGUCCACAAGCACGAUAGCCCGGCCCAGUACCGGACGGAGUUUUGAAUCGGCGAAUAUGCCUCGGCAAAGCACCGAGUCUGCGACGCAAGCCCUGGGCUCGUUCAUUAACCGGCGUGACUCAAACUCGACGUACAACUCCAAUUAUCUGAGUACCGAACCGAGACGGCUGUCCGGUCUAUUCCAUUCAGCCCUGCCUCUUCCGGACGGCCCCGAUGAGAGCCGGCGGUCGUCUAGGGCAUCUUCUCGUGAGCGCGGCCCGGCCAACCACGGUUACAGGGUCAUGUGGCUGGCUGCGUCUCUCUUCGAGUUCAACAUUGAGACUACGAAACACGAGGCCGGCUACCCGUAUCUUACCUAUCAAGCCGGAGAGAUUUUCGAUGUCAUUGCCGAAAAGGGCGAGCUGUGGCUUGCCAAGAACCAGGACGAUCCUCGCGACCUCGUCGGCUGGAUCUGGUCCAAACAUUUUGCCAAAUUGGCCGAUUCUUGA